CAUGAGUUAAAUAAAUUAGAUGGUCAUUCUAAUUGUGUUAAUUCAGUUUGUUUCUCUCCUGAUGGUACUACAUUAGCAUCUGGUAGUAGGGACAACUCUAUCCGUUUAUGGGAUGUUAAAACAGGAUAAUAAAAAGCCAAAUUAGAUGGUCAUUCAGAUUGGGUUUCUUCAAUUUGUUACUCUCCUGAUGGUACUACAUUAGCAUCUGUUAGUGAUGAUAACUCUAUCUGUUUAUGGGAUGUUAAGACAGGAUAAUAAAAAACCAAAUUAGAUGGUCAUUC